AUGCUACCUAGACUCCUUGCCCUGUUUUGGCUCUUUCUCGUUCCAGUACUCUGUACUGAUCCUGCGAUUGAUAAGCUUUUUGUGAUCAAGAAAACGGAUAUAGCGGAGUCUAGAGCCCUGACCAUAGCCGGUCUGCAAGCAAUCAAACAUACGAAAGAUUCUUCCGCGAAGGAGUCCAACGUUGCUAAGCGGUAUCUCUACACGUACUUCAGGGCGGAUAAUACAGAAUCGAUUACUUUUGUAGAGAAUAGAACUUUUGCACUAUUAGCAAUUGAAGAUAUCGAAGAAUAUCGACCGGAUCUUUGGGAGCAAGAUAAGAAAGGUUCGGAUGAUUUAGAGGAGUACGUCUUUAAUGAGAACUACGGUAGCAAGACUUAUUGUACCGAAUCGAACCAGAAUCUCGUACCCUCUACUAUCACGCUGUGCCCCAGCGCCUUUAUAAACUCUCAAGCCACUGCGAACCUCGGAUCUAAGGCUCCUAAAGUUCGUAUGUUAAUCGACAAUGUCCUGCCACAAAGUAGGACUUUCUACCACGAAUUGUUCUAUCUAGUCUUAGGUUCGGAAGAUACUCCCGAUAUAGAAUUACCUGAUUGCUGUGAGUCCUUAACGAGAAUUCGUCUCAAAAAUUCACCAAACACGAAACCCCUUAGUUACGAUGAAGACUACCAGCACCUGAUCCGCCGUAACCCAGAGUCAUAUCUCUGGUUCAGCGUGGGUUACUGGCUUUUCCUGCAGACUCAGUGGUCCGAGUCCUCCAACUAA